AUGACAAUCAAAGGACCGCCACCGACAUACUACUUCGAGGAUCGUACAGGACACCUCGAAUCCGACUGGGACGAGGUGUACGAGCGGAGCUUUCUUCGCGUGUCUGCAACGCCGCAACGCACACCGAACGCAUCCCUCAUGGUGUAUGACAUGGCCCAACGCUCGACUGCACAAGGCGACCGCGACCGGCGACACUACUAUAGGGAACCGGUGGUGACGCUUGACUUCGGUCCUCGCGGUGCAUUGGGUACUGUACACUUCAGGAAGGGCAUCCCAUCCGUGUCCAUGCACCAAUACCUGCGCAAGACGUCCUACUUCGGCAGGUCACUAAAUCGACAGUUCCGGGCGCUGGACGGCAAUAUGUACCGUUGGAAUCACCGGAUGGAGCCAGGGCAUGAGUGGACGUGCGUGAAUGCGGAAGGCUCGGCUCUCGUCGCACGGUACACUCUUAAGCCUGCGGACCGCCCUGCGUAUGGCGUCUCUGGCAACGUGCUUGCUGUCUUCGAGCCAUACGCGUCCUUAUCAGCCGAGAUCCUAGCCUCGCUGACCAUCAUGCGCCACAUCGCCCAAAACAAUCUGUGA